AUCAUUUAUAAGCCAUAAUGUUUGGUAGUACGUGUGAUUUGAUUAGGGUGUGACAUCAGGUGUUUGCUUCAUGUUUGUACUUGUUCAACAGCACGCGUACUUACUCCCCACUGCUAAUGUGACUGAAAUAUGAGUGUUUGGAUAAAAUGAUUGAGCCUUCCGAAUUACAAGUUGCUCCUGGCACCGCUACCCUUAUUGAAGAACUUGACAAAAAGCUGAUGGUGCUUCUGCGAGAUGGAAGAACCUUGAUUGGAUACCUGCGCUGUGUCGACCAGUUUGCGAAUCUCGUCCUGCAUCACACUAUUGAGAGGAUACAUGUUGGCAAGGACUAUGGUGAUAUUCAACGUGGUGUUAUCAUUGUUCGUGGUGAAAAUGUAAUCCUGCUUGGAGAAAUAGACCCAGCUAAAGAAAAUGAUCUCCCACUGAAUAAAGUAUCUGUAGAUGACAUCCUUGACUCACAGCGUCGUGAACAAGAGGCACGUCAGGAGCGAGAGAGGCUGCUGGCAAAAGCACUAAAGGAGCGUGGUUUGCAGUAUAUUCCGGAUCUCAGCCAUGAUGACAUGUUCUGAGGCCCAGCUAGGGAAGCAUCAAUGAAUGAGCUGGUUUAACAUUGAAAAUGUACACAUUUUGUACAAUAAGAAAAACUGAAGCAUUUAUGCACCGCUGAAGAUGUGAACAGAAAUGGAUGGAUGAACUUUGUCCAGGUCAUUAACUGGAAAGAAAUAGUUCCACAAUUUUCUUUGUCCAGAGCUGAUUAUUUUUGUGCAAGUAAUUUUUUUCUUUUUAAGGUUUCUACACAGAUAUGUUAAGAAUGACCAUAUUUUCUUUCAUUCAUUUGAUACUGUGAUAAAGAGAAUGCAAGCUGUGCAAAAUUAUGAAAAUGUUUUGUAAAAUAAACAUGAUGAGUCUCAUAUUUAGUUAGAAGCUUGUAAAUUUUGUACAACUUAAAGUGGCACAUGAGGAAAUGUGUCUAUGUAAAUGUGUGUAUGUGAGCAGCAGUUCAGCUGGCAUUAUGUUGCUGCUGAGUGGACCAUUCCAAAUUUACUCACCACUUGUUAGUUACAUCCGGGACAUAUUUUGGAAUGAGACUACGUGGCUGAAAAUACGGACUGCUACACACAGAGAUGGCCAGAAACCAAAACCAAAAUCCAGCCCUUUGAAGCAUCCCUAGAAUCAAUAAUUAUUCUGUCUAUUGUUAGUAAUUAAAUUUGAGAUUAUGAAUUUGUUUUGUUAUGAAGAUAAUGAUUUUUCUCUCAGUACUUUCUGAAUUAGUCACAAUAAGAUGCCACUGGACUUUU